GAAAGAGUAUAUUCAUUUAAUAUCCAAACAGAGAGUUAUCUAGGGAGAAAUUUGAUAUAUAUAUAAAAUCUUCACGCAAUAUACUUUUACCUUUAUUAUGAAAUACCUUAAUAUACCUGGUUUGCUGCUGAAAAUGGUUGUUACCUGUCACAUUAAAGAAGAGAAGUGACUUGUCCUGUGUGCGACUAAUAACGCAUCCCACCAGAAAUGCUGAUCGGAAGGCACGUGGGGGAUUUUCAGCUAGGGUGUAAACUAAAUGCCUGAAUACUGAACAUGAGCAUACAAUAGGAUUAACUAGUACCAUUUAAUAGAGUAAAGUGAGUGACUAGAUUAAAGGAUAUUUUACUUACAUCUAUAUUGGGAUGCUCUCUAUACUCGUCUUAUUAAGAUGGAUUUUAGCAGAUUUCAACCUCUUUGUCUUCAAUCAUCCUUCUUAUUUUAAUAUCUACAAAGUGGAUAUAAAAGGUCGUUAAAAAGUGGAUCCUAUAUUUAUCAUCUGGAUAUAUUUUACACAAUUGAAGGUUGUCAAUCAUUAGUGGGUGGAGCUUUGAGCUGGUUGGUUCGAAACAGGCUUUUGUGGACUGAAGCCAAACUUGACUAUAACAGAAUCAGUGAGACAGUAAACAACGUACAAGAUGCGGUCACGGAAAGCGGCGUCGAGUGCCGUGCUCUGGAUUAUACCAAUACUUUCAUUAAUAUCACAGGUAACGGCGUCAGGGGUGUUUGAAUUGAAGUUAACGUCAUUCCUAAAUGAACAUGGACUUAAUUAUGAUGGAAAUUGCUGCAAUGGUUUACGAACGGGCGGAGUGUGUAGUUCUACAUGCAAAACUUUCUUUCGAGUUUGUUUAACCCACUAUCAAGCUAAAAUCUCAAAAAAUCCACCGUGUUCAUUUGCAAAUAUAACAACCAAAGUGCUUGGAAAUAAUUCUAUAAAUUUUGAUUCGGAUUUAGCUGCGGAUUUUAUUAACCCUAUACAGUUUAAGUUCCAGUUUUCAUGGCCGGGCUCAUUUUCUUUAAUUAUUGAAGCCUGGCAUGAUAGCACGCUUCAUGGCCCAGUACAAGACAGUCCUAGAGAGUUGAUUUCUCAUUUGCCAGUUCAGAGAUCAGCCGAAGUGAGCAAAGAUUGGUAUUCACUAUCACUUAAAGAUCUUUACAGGGAAAUUAAAUAUAGUUAUCGUAUCGUGUGUGACAAAAAUUAUUAUGGAAGUGGGUGUUCUGAAAUGUGUCGCCCUCGGGAUGACCAGUUCGGGCAUUAUACUUGUAGUGUCAAUGGAACUAAAGUUUGUUUGGAUGGCUGGACUGGGGAGUAUUGUGAACAGGCAAUGUGUUUACCUGGUUGUCAUCCAGACCACGGAUAUUGCGACAAACCGAACGAAUGCAUCUGUCGUCUCGGUUGGCAGGACAGAUUUUGUGAUGCCUGUAUCCCAUAUCCUGGAUGCCAGCAUGGCUCGUGUUCAAAACCCUGGGAAUGCAAUUGUGAAGAAGGGUGGGGCGGGUUGUUCUGCAAUCAAGAUCUUAAUUAUUGUACCCAUCACAAGCCAUGUAAAAAUGGAGGAACCUGCACCAAUACUGGUGAAGGAAGUUACACGUGUACCUGUCCUCCAGGAUUUUCUGGCACAAACUGUGAGAUCGAGUAUGAUGAUUGUGAAAAACAACCCUGUUUAAACGGAGGCAGUUGUAAGGAUAUUGGAAAUGGAUUUAGAUGUAUGUGUGACAAAGGGUUUUACGGACGAUCAUGUGAACAUAAGGCAGAUUCCUGCAAUAAGGCACCUUGCCAAAAUCAAGGCACCUGCGUCGAAGGUGAAGGUUCCUAUACAUGUAUUUGUGAUGCUGGUUAUUCAGGACAAAAUUGUGAAAUGGAGAUUAAUGAGUGCGAUGAGAAGCCAUGUUUAAAUGGAGGUCGUUGCAUUGAUCAAAGAAAUGGUUUCCGCUGUUUGUGUACUACAGGAUUCGAAGGACCAACGUGUUCUGAUAAUAUCAACGAUUGCGUUCACAAUCCCUGUCAAAAUGGAGGUACCUGCAUUGAUAAAGUUAAUGAUUACCAGUGUCGGUGUCGUCCUGGAUUUGUGGGUUCACUUUGUACGGAUAAUGUGGAUGAUUGUCUGAUUCGGCCAUGCGCAAACGGUGGCACGUGCAUUGAUAUGGACAAUACAUUCAAGUGUACAUGUGCUGACGGUUUCGCGGGAAAAGAUUGUCGCGUUAAUGUCGACGAUUGUGCCAAUUCUCCAUGCCGACACGGGGGCAACUGUACGGAUUUAGUGGCUGAUUUUAAAUGUGCGUGUCCUGAAGGAUUUUGGGGUAAAGAGUGCCAUGUAUACGAGGGUAUGCCCCCUAUACCGGAAUCGACCCAAAUUACUACACCAACCACAAUUGAAACAACCGCCGAAGAAACCACAGUGCAAGUUACCGAGGAGGACGUUAUUCCUAUUCACGGAAACGCUAAAAACUCGAGCCCCAAUUCAGCCCUGUCUAAUUCCCAGUUACUUAUUGUAGUGUGUCUGGGAGUUGGAAUCCCCCUUAUUCUCAUCAUCAUUGUUGUUAUAGUGCUAUUGUGUAAGAGAAAAAACAAUCUGAUGCGCCAUAACAUGGAGACAGAAAAAGAACAAAACAUAGUGAACAAUAUUAAUAAUAAGUGUAUAGACUCAAAUAUCUUUACUACAAUACCACCAAAUAGCACGGGCAGUGCAAGUAUUAAAAUAAACAAUGAAGAUAAAGACUUCGCCCAUAAAAAAAUAAAUAAAAAGCAAAAUAUAUUAGAAAAAUCGAGCCAGAAACAGUUUAUUAAAGACUAUAAUACACACGAACAAUUAUAUGGGUGUAAUAGAGACAGUGAAAGGGAGGAGUAUGAAAAAGCGCGUAAGCGUUUAGACGUGGAAUCUCUUUCUGCUGAUACUAGAAAAGAUAAUAGUGAUUAUUCGUGCAGUUCACAAGAUAUUCACGUUAUCGCAAAGCCAAUAAAACGCGAAAAUAGAAACUCUAUAUUAGUUUUGGAACAAAAAAGGCAUCAUUAUUCAGAAGAAGUGCUUGCAACAGAAGUGUAAUAAAUACCAUCCGAGGGCAUUGUUAUAUAUAAAUAUAUAUACAGAUUCGUAUAGUGCACAUGACUAAUAACAAUAUAUUACAUUAAUAUAUAUAUAUAUAAAUUAUAUAUAAAAUUAUAUUCUACUUGUGUGUAUGGAUUUAUUUAAGUGCCUUGCUGUUUAAAGAUGCAAACCAAUUCAUUUUUUUGUGUAUGCUGGAUAUUUUUUUAACUAUUAAUUUGAACUUAAAUAUACUUGUAUACCGGCUUCAGGCCUUGUACAUUAUGCAAGCUUUUCCCGAGAGGCUGUACUAUAUCGUGGCUAACAGGCGUCACAAGAUUAAAGGGCACGGACUAAUAAUCUUAACCAGGUGAUUCCAAAUAAGGAAUGCAAUUCCAACGCACACAGCAAAAUGACCACUUAAUUAAAUAACCAUUGGACCAAUAAAGUGAGAUCUUAAACAUUAUCAACAUCACUGCCGUUGCAUUGUGCUAUUUUCAUUACGUCAGUCAUAAAGAGGUGUGUUCACGAAUUAUCAUUGUUUAAAGUUUAAAAACAAUCGGCAGAUGAAUUUAUAUCAUUUUAAACUUCUAUUGCAUUUUGUGUAGUUUGUAUUACACCACAAAUAUUUAAAAAAAACCUGUGCAAUUUGUCAUGCCCUCCCGUCUUGUAAAAUACCAAAAUGGCAGCACUUGAAGUGGUGGGUUACCAAGCGACCCAACGCUCACGGACAAAACAAAGGUGUCUAUAUAACUGAAACUAGUCCAAUGUUUGUUAUAUGUAAAAUGUUAUGUGUUUGUUUAUAUUUUACCAGAUUCCAAAUUUGGUUUAGUGUUGAGGCUGUAAAUGAUUUUUGCCUGGUCAUGUGAUCGACCACGUGACAACAUUAAUUUAUUUUUUACUGCUGUGUAAAAAGCAUGAUUUAUAUUACUCCGCAAAUUACUUGCUUAAUCUCUCACUUUACUUAAAUUAUUUAACUGGAAUAUGCUUCUUCCUUAUUCUAUAUUAUUAUCUGAUGGGUUUGAACAAACAUUUCAAAAUGGCUGAUUUCGAGAUUUCAAAACAUUGGGCACAUGUUAUCAAAAACGUUAAUUAUUUCACUUUUGGACCAGAUAAUUGUCAAACAUUAAAAUUCAUUUUCAGAUUUGAAACUUCUCUGUAAGUUAAUUACCUGUCUUCAAAAUAAUUUAAAAUAAUAUUUAUUCUUCCCAUCAUUCCAUUGUCUACAUAAGUGUCACAUGAUAUCCAUAUUUAUCACCUGUCUCCACGUGUUCGUCAUGUGACCAUACAUUAAGAGUUUCUGACCCCAAGAUCUUGUUUUUCAUUAAGUUUGUAUUCUAUCUGUCUCUUGUUAAGUUCAGGUACUUCAAAAUUUAAGAAUGAAAAAAGAAGGAAACGAUUUGUUGAGUUUAAGUUAUCAAAUAAUUGUUCGAAUGUUGUUAAAAGAAACAUUAGUUAUUUUUGUUUUAAUUUGAUAAUUAUUUGUUUAUCUAUUAUUCUAUGACAAAUUCUGUAUUGAUUUUUAAAGAAAACUAGAAAAAAAUGUUAUUUUUAGAAAAAAUCACUUGUUAAAAUUUAUUAAAUUUUGUUCAAUUAUCGUUAUUAUUUUCCUUAAAAAUAUUAAAAAGGGGUCAAAAAUUCACGCAAAUCAAAUCAUAUCUUCAUUAACCUGACAUUUUGUACGUACAAAUUUUGUACAUGGAUCAUGUCUAUCAUGUUGUCUGCCUGUGUGUAUGUUGUGAGUGUAGUGUGUGAGUGAAAUGAAAAGAUAACUGUGAUGUUAACAUGUAUAUAAUAAUAUGUAUAUUUAUAGUUAAAAUGAAGAUGUAAAUAAUUAUUGUUACUACUUCUAUACCAUUAUUACUAUUUCCAACAUUAUGAAUAAAGAGGUCACAAUUACCUAUUUUUGAACAUUCAA